UCCGCCUCGAGGGUGCGGCUCCCAUGCCUGAGGUCGCGCAGGCAGAGCCCUGACACCAGGAGACCGGCGGGCGGCGCAGUUUCAGAGCCUCUUGCCUGUGGAGUCCGACCGCCGAGUCCCGGCCACUCGGACCCCCGAACCCAGAUCCAGCCUCUGAGGGACACUGCAGUCAUCCUUGGGGGAAGAGCUCAGAGGACAUGGCUCCUGAGCAAAGGGAAGCACAGUCUCAGGUGUCAGUGACAUUUGAAGAUGUGGCUGUGUGCUUCACUCGGGAUGAGUGGAAAAAGCUGGAUCUUUCUCAGAGAAGCUUGUACCGGGAGGUGAUGCUGGAGAACUACAGUCACCUGGCUGCACUAGGAGGACUCCCAUUUACCAAACCCAAGGUGAUCUCCCUGUUGCAACAAGGCGAAGAUCCCUGGAGGGCAGAGAAGGAAAGACCUGGAGAUUCCACUCUCGGUUGGAUGCACAGUCACAAAACCACAAAGUCAACACAAACACCAGAUUCUUCAUUUCAGGAACUGAUAAUGAAAAGAGCCAAAAGAAAUGGACCCUGGGACUUGAAAUCCAAAAAACUUUGCAUAUAUGAAGGCAAAUUAGAUAAAAAGCAGGGUAAGACUGCUUUGAUCAUAGAAAGAAGCCAUAAAAACAAUGAAUUUAGCCAAAACUUCAGCCCAAAGUCAGUCCUUGUUAGGCAACAGAUAAUUCCCAGAGAAAAAACACCACCAAAAUGUGAAAAACAAGGAAAUGCUUUCAAACGGAAUUCAAAUUUACCCAGCCAACCAAAAAUCACAGAGAAACGCUAUAAAUGUAGCAUGUGUGAGAAAACUUUCAUUAAUACUUCAUCCCUUCGUAAACAUGAGAAAAAUCAUAGUGGAGAGAAAUUAUUUAAAUGUAAAGAAUGUUCAAAAGCCUUUAGCCAAAGUUCAGCUCUUAUUCAACAUCAAAUAACUCAUACUGGAGAGAAACCCUACAUAUGUAAAGAAUGUGGGAAAGCUUUUACUCUGAGCACAUCCCUUUAUAAACAUCUAAGAACCCACACUGUAGAGAAAUCCUAUAGGUGUAAGGAAUGUGGUAAAUCCUUUGGCAGAAGGUCAGGCCUUUUUAUACAUCAGAAAAUCCAUGCUGGAGAAAAUCCGUAUAAAUAUAAUCCAGGUAGGAAGGCAUCUAGUUGCAGCACAUCCCUUCCUGGUCAAAGAAUUCAUUCCAGAAAGAAGUCCUAUUUGUGUAACGAAUGUGGCAACACUUUUAAGUCUAGCUCCUCCCUUCGCUAUCAUCAGAGAAUUCACACUGGAGAGAAACCUUUUAAAUGCAGUGAAUGUGGGAGAGCCUUCAGUCAGAGUGCAUCACUCAUUCAACAUGAAAGAAUCCACACUGGAGAAAAGCCCUAUAGAUGUAAUGAAUGUGGAAAGGGCUUCACUUCUAUUUCCCGACUCAAUAGACAUCGAAUAAUUCAUACUGGUGAGAAGUUUUAUAAUUGUAAUGAGUGUGGCAAAGCCCUAAGUUCCCACUCAACACUUAUUAUUCAUGAGAGAAUUCAUACCGGAGAGAAACCAUGUAAAUGUAAAGUGUGUGGGAAAGCCUUCAGACAAAGUUCGGCUCUCAUUCAACAUCAGAGAAUGCAUACUGGAGAGAGACCCUAUAAAUGUAAUGAGUGUGGGAAAACAUUCAGGUGUAACUCCUCCCUUAGUAACCACCAGAGAAUUCAUACUGGAGAGAAACCAUAUCGAUGUGAGGAAUGUGGGAUGUCAUUUGGUCAAAGUUCAGCUCUUAUCCAGCACCGGAGGAUUCAUACGGGAGAGAAACCCUUUAAAUGUAAUACAUGUGGGAAAACUUUCAGACAAAGCUCAUCUCGUAUUGCACAUCAGAGAAUUCAUACUGGAGAGAAACCCUAUGAAUGUAACACAUGUGGGAAACUCUUCAACCACAGGUCAUCCCUUACUAAUCACUAUAAGAUUCAUGUGGAAGAGGACUCCUAGAAAUCAGAUUUGCAUGUGUGAAAGCCUUAAGCCAAAGUUCAUCAGAAAAUAUGUACUUGAGAGUGGUAUAUUAAAUGUAAUGGAUAUGAAAAAGAAACCCUAUAAUCACUUAGUUCUCAUCAGAGAUUAAACCCCAUGGGAAAACUAUGUAAUAAAUAAGAGAAAAGUGUUCGUGCCUGACAGACACUUUUAAAAAGUACCUGAGAACUGGGCAGAAUGAUACACUCCUGGAGACUGAGGUGGGAAGAUCACUUGAGCCUGCAAAUUCAACACCAGUGUGGGCAACAUGACAAGACCCCACUUAAAAAAUAGUAAUAACCUGAGAUGAAGAAUUCACAAUCAGAAACAUUGACUGAGCAUUUGUAAAGUAAAAGGCAUUUGUUUUUCCUCUCUACAGCAGUGUAUGCUAGAUAUCAUAUGUAAUUGUGAUAAACAUCUGAGUGGGUUAGGGAGAUAUGCUCUGGAUUUCUUGUUUAGAAAAGCACCAAACUCUACACUGAUAACAUUUUUAUUACAUUUUAAUAGCAUAUUAAAGAAGGGAUCAAAAAUAUAUACAUUUUUAGA